AUGUUGUCACGAGUAAUUCGUCGCUCGCUUCCGUCAUCUAUUCAAAUACGGCGGACGGCGGGAACUACAAAUCUGAGAAAAUAUUUAACAACCUUUCAUGUCCGCCAUGCUCCUCCAGUAACCCACAUUCCUAUUAUCAAUAAUUCGGUUCGAUCAAACUCAGUACAAGUAAAUCUUGACGAUUCGACAGCUGACUAUGAUUAUGUAAAGAAUGCCACUAGAAAUACUGGUAUUUUAAUUGUUGAUGUUCGAGAGCCAGACGAAGUUAAGGAACAUGGCAAGAUACCCAAUAGUGUAAACAUCCCAUUGGGCAAUGUAUCAGAUGUACUAGGAACAAUGUCUGAGAAAGAUUUCCAGGACACAUACCAAAGGGCCAAGCCUGCUGAGAAUACAGAGAUCAUAUUCUAUUGCAUGAUCGGCAAGAGGUCUGCUAAGGCACAACAGAAUGCUAUCAAUUUGGGAUAUAAAAACACAAAGAAUUAUCUUGGCAGUUGGAAUGACUGGGCAAGCAAAACUCAAUAA